CCCUAACUUCUACCAACUUUUGUAUCACCUUCUACUUGCACAUAAAAGUGUUUGUUGGGUGUUUUUCUGUGGAUGAAUAGUCAAGAGGAGGCCUUUGCAAGUUGGAAGCUGUUGAAGGAGGCAAUGCAAUCCUUGUUAUGGCCACUUACGCCUUCAGAAGAUUACAUCUUAUAGCUGAAAUUUUUAUGAAGUUUACACGAAAGGGGAAAUAAAUGUAAGCCACACCCACAAGUUGGACAGAUGCUGUCCCAACCACCAAUCCUCUGACUUCCCUUUAUCCACAACCUCUGGCAAUCCAACUCCAACCAAUGCAAUCAAAUUAAAGGUGGGGAAAUCGAAAGGAGAAAAAGAGAAGUGAAAUUUGAGGACAGAAUCUAAAAGAUCUCUUGGCAUAUGGCAAAAAUAAAAAGACACAGUGGAUUAAUAUAUAAUAUUCCAGAGCAGCAUUAUAGCAUCAGAGUCAGCCACUCAUUAACAAAUAAGCAAAGACAAAAUCAUUUAUAGGGUUCUUUGCUUUCUUAUUCUUCUUCUUCUUCUUCUUGGCUGAAAUGGCUACUUUGGUGAAGCUUGUUCAGCCACCAUGUCCAAUGGCUUUCACCCACCAGCCAUGGCAGCAGCAGCAGGCCAAGUUUGGUGAGUUGCAGAGGUUCAGGCUGAUAAACCCUAUGAAAGCUGCAGCACAAAGCUCAUCUCCUUCAUCUGUGGAAGUUUCACAAAUCAAGGAGAAUCUUUAUCAAGCACUCCAGGGGAUUAACAGAGGGAUAUUUGGGACAACAUCUGGGAAGAAGUCUGAGAUUCAGGAGCUGUUGGAGCAGCUGGAAUCCCAGAACCCAACCCCAGAUCCCACUCUCAAUCUUCACAAGGUGGAUGGAUGUUGGAAGCUUAUAUACAGCACAAUCAGCAUAAUGGGUGCAAAGAGAACAAAGCUAGGGUUGAGAGAUUUCAUCACCUUGGGUGACCUCUUCCAAAUCAUAGACGUCGCCGAGAGCAAAGCAGUGAAUGUGAUGAAGUUCAAUGUGAAGGGACUGAACCUGUUGAAUGGUCAGCUGGCAAUUGUAGCCUCCUUCAACAUUGAUUCCAAAUCAAGAGUUACAAUUACAUACAGAGAAUCAACCAUAACACCUGACCAGCUGAUGAAUGUGUUCCAGAAGAACUAUGAGCUACUUCUCAGCAUCUUCAACCCCGAGGGCUGGCUCGAGCUAACAUAUGUUGAUGAUGAGAUGAGGAUAGGAAGGGAUCAGAAGGGCAACAUCUUUGUCUUGGAGAGAUCUGAAGAACGAACUGAUUUGUAACACUGGUUUUGCUUAGCAAGUUGGAUCUCCAUUCAUGGCUAAUUUUCAGAAGGUUAUACAUUACAAUAGACACAUAUAUCACAUUGAUGUUCACUCAUUUGUAUAGAACAUUUUGUUACAUUCAACGGAAUGGAAGCUAUUGUGCUGAGCUCUUACUGCAUUGAUGUUUGGAAAGAUUUGUCUAUUCAUUAUGUGAAAGAACUCCUUCGAGAAACUUAGUAUUUGAGGAGCUUAGGUGUGAAAAGCUUUCAGUCCAAGGGUUCAUUUUGUAAGGUUAUAGAAUUUUUAAAGACCAAAAUGUUUGGAAAGACUUGUCGCAUUUUCAAAUAUGUUGAUGACCAAAACUAAUCUUGUCAUGAGUGAUUAUACGAAGUGCACGUAACGGUACACAAAAUGAGUUUUAGCCUCGUCAGAUCGAACCCUAAUCUCAUAAUCAAUUUGAAUGAUGAUC